AAGGGCCACACCCUGCCCCUUUGCAGUGAAAAGCAGCCGCGCUCUGCCUGAGCUGUCAGCCCUAAACUCCAGGAGGAGAGAACGUGCUAGUCAUGGGACGGGAUCUGUUUGGAAUAAUGUUCUCGUCCUACAAAGUCCUCAGUUGCUUGCUUCUGGCUGGCUGGAUAGCAUCCACCGUCUCUGAGUCUGAGAAGACAGUGCUGAGUGCCCCGGGGGCCUGGCUGAAGUGCUUCCGAGAUGCCUCCUGCCUGCUGAGAAAAGACCUGGCGGCCUCAGUGAAGACCCACCCCUUUGCCAGGCUCAGACGUUCUGCAGAUCCACCGUGCCCACCCAACAAAACCGUGACAGAUGAAAUAGCACAAGAUGAUUUUGAGCUGUUAGAAUACUCCCCCAAGGACUUGCGUGCAUGUUUGGGAGAAGAAGUCCUUAAAAGGAAUCUGGACGCCAUCUCCUACUACCCCUUCCCUGAUGACCGGUUGCCUGUGUUGAAGGAAAAGCUGGAUCAGACUGGAUACCCGGAUCCAGUGCUCCGCAACAUUGGAGGUUUCAUGUAUUUAAUGCGUCCAGAGGACAUUAAAAAGUGGAAGUUAAAUUCAACAGAAACGCUUGCUUCAUUGCUUGGCGCUGAAGGUGUUUUGCCUGAACAGGCUGCUGACAUAAUUGCUCAGUACAUCACUUCUGGGGGCUCAUUGAAUGGGAUUGAUGCCAAAGACAUCUGCCUCUUGAAUCCAGAUCAGCUUAAAAAGAUUGAUGAAAACGCAAUCAGAGAGGCUAAACCCCUAAACCUUUCCAACUGCAACCAAACCACCCAAGAUGCCCUGUAUCCCAUAGCCAAGCGGGCUUUCUCUGACAAACACAACAUCCCUGAAUAUUACAAAGGCAUCAAGCCAUAUUUAGGAGGGGCUCCGUGGGAAGAUCUGAAGGCGCUCAGCAAAGAUAAAGUAAACAUGGACAUUGACACAUUUAUGAAGCUGAGGAAGGACGUCAUUGUGAAACUAACGCCGUCUGUGGUCAAGGGUUUGUUGGGCAGAAACCUACAGGAUCUGAAGGAGCAGGAAAACAAUCUGUGCAUCAAAGACUGGAUCGUCAGACAGAAGCAAUCGGAGCUGGAUAAACUGGGCCUGGGGUUCACUGGGGGGACACCCGAAGGAUACAUAAAUAUCACACCCAGAUACAACAAUCAGUAGUGUAGGAGACGCCUGCCCCAAUGGGGACCCUCAGCCCCCCGAUGGAUGGAAACGAGUUUCUGCAAUCCCCCACUUGCUGCUGACCCACUGACGUGCCUUCUCUUUCCACCAGGCCCUUCAGGGAAAUCAGGGGCGCCCCGGAGCCUUACCGUGCAUCUCGUCCCCUCGCUUCUUCUGACUCUGUUGCUGACCGCCUUCCUUUCAUGAAAUUUCCCCAGCUUUUAAAAUAAACAGAGAGCAUAUGCUGGAGAGACCGACCUUGACUGUUUUGCUGUGGUUUUCCACCAACUCUCAGAUCUGCCUGUGAUAGAAAACCAGAAAAAUGUAUGGGGGGGGGGGGAAGGGAGAGCAGAAGAAGGGGGAAAAUUCCUUCUUCCUGCCAUGUAAGGAGAGAGAUACUGUGAAUAAUUUCUCCAAAACUCUGCUGUGUUUUCACAUGUGCCGACGUUAGUUGAAAAGCAGGCUUGUUCUAGUUGUGAAUGCAAAUCCUGACACUCUUUGAAAAGUCAAAUGCAGGACCAGAUGGAAUGGUGAAAAUCUAGGCUUAGUUGUUUAGUCUAGAAAUCCCAGGGAUAAGUUACACUUAAGCAUAAAUGUGCUUGUUUCACAAAUUGUUGAUCAGGGAACAUGGGGGGUGGUUUAACCCCCUCUCCCCCAGCAACACAAGUAACUGCAAAAGCUAUGUAGAAAAACAGAAUGAAAAGGGGGAAAAAUCGGACACUGGUUAACAAGGAAGUCUCGCUUUUCUGUACCUCUGUGCCUGGAUGUGGUGUGCAAAAUAAAACAUUUGGUCUUUUCUC